AUGUACCUUCUGAGGCGUAGGUUACGACAUCUAAAGACUAUAUCAAUAUUCAAUGUGUCGCUCAUCAAAGAGCAGGGGAAUCACGCUAUAGAGGUCAAAGCCGUGCCGUCUGUUUUUGUCGUGAUCGAAGAUUUGAAGGGCAGGUGUCUCUACGUUAGUGAGGUUCAAGCUGGCACACAAUUGCACGCGCAAUUUAAUGAGCUCCCUCAGCUUUCAUACACGAUCUCUAAAGUGCGACUGAAAGUUAUAGGAAGGGUACCCGGGGACCUUUUGGCAGACGAUUCUGAAGAGGCUUGGGUAGUGCUCGCUGACCAUGUUCUGAGCUUCAAUCAGUUGCAUCAUGUUCCUGACAACGACCUGCCAUUAAACUUCUUCAAAGGAGUCAAUGUGCCAGUGCUUCACUUCUCCGACGGCAUUUUUACAUUAAAUGGGGCAAUCAAAAGUAUUGUGGACUCAAGAGAUAAGGCUUCAACCAGCUGUACGUCGACUCGGGCAAAGAGUUUUAACUUCAACAGCUUACUGAAACUUAACAAACUUCUUGAGUACUCGACUCAACUCCAUUCCGAAUUAUGCGAGCUCUCAAACAGCAUUAGCUCAGAAGUUCCAGACCAGGGAGAAUGUUAUAGCAAGAACUUACUCAUAGAUGCCAGAAAAAACCUGGAAGAAACGAUUCGCUUGCGCCAGGAAAGGAUAAAGUAUUUGCAAGAUGCGGUCCAUGGAAGGCCAUCCGCGCCUCGUAACUCAGCUGAAGACGCGAAAGUCAAUGAGGAAUAUGGGUCCACAUUUUUUGAGUAUUCAGACACUAAACACCAUUUAAAGACGCUGAAAGCCCGCAGAAUGCAACAGCUAUUUCAGGCAAUGCAAGAGACAGAUCUUUUUACGUCAAACGGGCUAGUGAUCCCCGAUUCCGAACAAUCUGUUUUUUAUGCCCAGUUGAGGAAGCUCAAUGCCACGUCACUCGCGCGAGAUAGUAAUAGAAUUUCAACAAACACGCUACUUGGUCACUACCUGCUAUUUUUGCAUAUACUGUCGGAAAAAAUCCUUUUCGUUCGCUUGCCACACCGAUUAUCCUAUUAUGGAAGCACGUCUGUCAUAAAUAACCAGCUGCCCCUAUAUUUGACAUCAUCGCCAACCCAACAGCAUGUGGCAGAUUUCGAAAGGGCAGUAGACCUAUUCAACCUCGAUAUCAUGCAGGUGAGACAGUUCUUGGAACGUCACCGCUAG